CCCUCUCUCCGUGAAUCUGCACAAGAGGCCCAAAUUGAAACCCACAGCCACUGUACACCGAUGAAGAACCCACAGCCACAGCGGUAAUUUUUCUCUCUUUUUUCUUUGUUUCCUUUUGAUUUCUCUCCCAGCCGUGGAGAGAAGACUCAGCAGAAAAAACCAAAAAAAAAACUGAACAGGCCACAAACGAGUCUGGUCGUGUGUCUCGUCGUCGACUGAUUUCCUCACCGACGACCGAUUCCCGGCGAUUCCGCCGGUGAUUGACGCUGUAUAAUCUCCUGGUCUUCCUUCUUCGCCAUUUGAGGUUCGUUUUUGAGCCCCUCUACGGUUGAUUGUAUCAGUAUUCCAGAUUGAGUUCGAAGACUACCAACCUAAAUUCCUUUCUCAGCGGCCCGUCACCAGCACUUCCCUGGAACAGCACUGUAACACCGCACCACUCAACCACUGGUUUUGAUAUUUUGGGAUCCCAUCGCCGAAUUACAACUCGGACUAAAGUUUGAGGUCUCCGAGCCCAAUACAUCAACACCCCUUUGCCUCCUUCUCGCUUUGGAAACCAACGACUGAGUGAUCGCCGUUUCAGGCUUAUUUGAAGAAUGGGAGAGAGAAAGGUGCUAAACAAGUACUACCCGCCGGACUUUGACCCCUCGAAGCUUCCGCGGGUCCGGAGGCCCAAGAACCAGCAGAUCAAGGUCCGCAUGAUGCUCCCCAUGAGCAUUCGCUGCAACACCUGCGGCAAUUACAUCUACAAGGGCACCAAGUUUAAUUCCCGCAAAGAGGACGUCGUCGGCGAGGCAUAUUUAGGAAUUCCACUAUUCCGAUUUUAUUUCAAAUGUACAAGGUGCUCUGCUGAGCUCACGAUGAAGACAGACCCUCAAAAUUCAGACUAUAUCGUUGAGUCUGGUGCAACACGAAAUUUCGAACCUUGGCGUGAAGAGGACGAGCUAACAGAGUCGGAGAAACACAAAAGGGAUGCUGAAGAGAUGGGAGAUGCGAUGAAAUCUUUGGAGAACAGAACCUUGGAUUCAAAAAGAGAGAUGGAUAUACUGGCUGCACUGGAUGAGAUGAAGUCUAUGAAGUCCAGACAUGCAACUGUGAGUGUAGAUGCCAUGCUUGAGGCCUUGCAGCAUACAGCUGUGCAAAAGGAGAAAAAGUUGGAAGAAGAGGAUGAAGCACUUAUAAAAUCAAUAUUUCAUAAUUCAAAAGAUUAUGUUCGAAGAAUUCAUGAUGAAGAUCUUGACGAUGAUGAAGAUAUGAUUCAGCUUUCAAGUGGCAAUGGUGAAACAUCUUUUGAUCAACCAAAGAGGAGAAAGGUCUCUGAAGAGCUUCCUGGUAACCCGACAGAUUCUUUGGCAAGAGCAACUUCUGCUGAUUGUCCCACCAACAAAGAAAAUGAAGGUGGUUCAGGGGCUCCUGGUGAUGCUAAGUUAGUAAUCAAGUCUUCAACCGUUAGGAUUUCGGUUGUUAAGAAAGCAGCCUCUGACGAUAGCAAUUCAGCGAAACUGGAGAAGAAAGAUAACACAAGUAAACUACCAGUUGUUCCAGAAGAUAGCAGUCUAAAGCAUACAAGCACUGGACUAGCCUCACUCUUACAAAACUAUGAGAGUGAUGACGAUUAGUGGGUGAUUUUAAGGUAGAUUGUGUAUAACCAUUACUUUCUUCUGCAAGAUUGUUAGAAAAUUCAUUUAUGGUAAGAGUAAUGCUAUAUUUUACAUUUGUAUCUCCCAACUAUCUAACAAUGUUGAUGUGACAAUAUCAACUAAUGUUUGUCAUCUUCAAUAUAAGAGUGCUGAAUUUGGCGAUUUCUUUUA